AUGGUGGCAACGAAGGCGAAUGUCAGUGAGGAGGAGUCUGAGGAGGUGCAGGAGCACUUGAAGGAUGCAGUGGAGGGUACGCUAAGGCUCAAACGCCUGCUUAGCCAGGACUCUGAGGCAGAUGGGCCAGCGAAAAAGAAGCGGGUCCUCGAAAACAUCAUAGAUUCUGAGCGCCGUGGCAAAAUUGACCACUUGAUGGAGAAGUGGGACAAGUUGGAUGACAAAAUUAUGCUGCACGUCCUUGAAGGCUUAGAGGAAAGGGAGCUGGAUUACUUGGAUUCCUCCGGCUUCGUGCCGGAUGAGUUCAACUGGACGAAGGGCCCAGCUGACCAGGUAGCUACCCAGGUUGCCCUCUGGCUCGAAUCCCAGACGCUGGGCGGUGGCCCGCUGGACACGUUGCUCACUUUUCGGGAGAAGUGGAAGCUUAAUGUAGAGGCUGAUGGCAUGCUGCGUGGCCUUAGCCAUAAGGACUUGCGCUAUGUCCUAGCCAAGUAUGAUGGUACACAGAACUUGGCCGAGCUGAUCGCAGAGGCGAAGGAGGCGCCUGCUCUCGAGGGCCGCACAGAAGGCUGCAUGCCAGAUGCACCGGGCAUGGCUGCAAUUAGCCGCUUUCACCGGCUUGAGCUCAUUGACCCCACGGCUGAUGCUGCAGUCUUUGGAGAUGCCAAUUUGAGUUUUGCGCUGAACUUGGCGAGACAUCGCAAAGUUCUAGGCCACGUGGGUCGUGUCAUUGCCACCACCUUUGAGUCUUUGGAAGUCUUGAGGGAGCGCUAUGAGGAAAUAGAUCAAACUAUCAAGACUUUGGAGGAGCACUACGCAGAGGUUCAUCAUGAGAUCGAUUGCACUCGCAUUGCCAUGAACCCCAAAUUCAAGGGCUUGGAGGGGACGAUCGGGGCGGUCUACUACAACUUCCCUCAUGCAGGAGCCGUGGGCGGCUUCUUCGACGGCCACCCAGUCGUCAACUGGCGUCAUGAAAACUUGAUGCGAUUAUUCUUUCGGGCGCUGCGAUCCUUCAUGAAAGUUGGUGGCCUGGUGAAGGUUGCCUCAAACAUGGGAGCAGUGGGUGUCCGAUAUUCGUUCAUCACUUUCGCAGCCAAAGAGAAUGAAUUUGACCAUGUGGAAACCGUGCCUUUCCUUCAGUGGAACCUUCAUCGGUAUGGCCGAGCAUACGGGGACAGGCGUGAUGCUGGGCGCAGGCCCGGCAAGUCAGAGAACUACAACGCGCAAAGGGCGGACAGGGACAUGGUCUAUACCUUCAGAUACAAUCCUAGCGGAAAGCAGCUUGGCCCGCAAGGAAUCCGACUGCCGCCCAGCAUCAGCACGCUGGAAGAGUGCCCGGAUGGUCCGUUUUCCUGGAAACCAGUUGAAGAAAAGAAAGUGCUGGCGAAGCAGCUUCACGAUCGAUUCAUCAAGGAGUGCUCUGGAAUUCACGUCGGCUAG